CUCAUCUCUGUCGCUAUUUCCUUUUCUUCUUCUUCUACUUCUCCUUUUUUUUUUUCCAAAACUCUUUUACAUAUUUGUUACUUCCAUUAUUAUCUUUUAUAAAUCUUCAUCGCUUUAAGGUUCAACUUCGAUCUCUCUGUGUAGUUACCAUCACAACAUCAUAAAGUUGUAGAGUAGCAGCAGCUGAAGAAAGCAGAACCAAGCCAGGCUAGACCAGCAAGUAAUUUGCUGGCUAGCUAAAGGUUUUGUCUGGGUGGGUCUUUGAUAUUGAAUCCUUUCUUCCCUAUGAGCCCUCAGAGCGUAUCGAAGACGAGUAAAGCCCUUGAGGGUAUCCAUGGGGUUCGUGUUGUGUCUCAUUCUCCUUUUGGAUUUGAGAGUAUCGACCAAGUGUCUGGCUUUGAGUCCGCUGAUGCUGGAACUAAGCAGAGGCUAUUCAUUGAACGUGUCUGGCAACAAAGACCUCCAUGCUUAAGACCUAUCCAUUGUUGCAUCCACGGUGAUCGGAGUAUCUUAGAAACAGCUGCUAAUGUGAUCACAUCCAUCCCUUUCAUUUUCCUCGGUAUGCAGGCACCGAGGAAAAACCUGAACAUGAAGGUGUAUGCAAACUCCUUAAUUGGUGUUGGAAUCGCAUCGAGUUUGUAUCAUUCUUCAAGAGGGAAAUUGAGGAAGUAUCUUAGAUGGGCCGAUUACACAAUGAUAGCUACAGCAACAGUAUGUCUAACGAGGGCUCUUAGAGAAGAGAACCAAAAGUUCUUGAUGGCUGCAUCAGCUUUAGCUCUACCGUUCCAGCCUCUCGUGGUAUCAGCUGUUCACACUGGAAUGAUGGAGGUAGCAUUUGCCAAACGAGCCUUAAAGGAUCCAGAUUUAAAAAUGGCUCAUGAUGUACACAAGAUGUCUUCGUUGUUGGGUGGAGCAUUGUUCAUAGCUGAUGAUCUUUUCCCUGAAACACCAUUCAUUCACGCUGGUUGGCAUCUCGCUGCAGCCAUUGGUGUUGGAACUUGCAAUAAGCUUCUUCAGUAGUCCAUAGUAGCAUAUAUAUUAUUGAGUGACUGUGGAACUGCUACAUUCUUGGUUUAGAGAGACCACUAGCACGUGUGGUUUCACUAAGCUCUUAAAUCAGCCGACGUAACUAGUAAUUAUUGGAAUACACAUAUUAGUUUAUUUUCAUCUUCUAAAUUACUCAACCAAAAUUAUUUGUAAAGUUUUUAUUUUUCAUCGAGUUGAUUUUAUGCAUA